AUGACAUCACCGGACGACGCGGACGCGAGGCCGGCGGCCAUCAACUACGUCGCGGGAUUCCUCCUGGUCGGGCUCGCGUGGGGCUUCACGACGCCCUUCAUCCGACGCGCCGCCAAGGACCACAACCCCUCCCCGCACCCGGUCCUCGAGAGCGAGGCCGUCAGGGCGAGUUGGGUGAAGAGCCGGCUGUACGGCGCCUUCUUCGGCGUCGUCGACCUGCUGCGCAACCCGCGCUACGCCGUGCCGCUGCUGAUCAACCUGACGGGGAGCGUGUGGUUCUUCCUCCUCAUCGGACAGGCUGGUAUGUAUCUUCCCUGUCUCUCUCUCAUGUCUCGUGCCGAAAACAUGGGUAAUGCGUGGGUCAUUUCGUUGACGCACCAUCCGGCAGAACUGAGCCUGACGGUCCCGAUCGUCAACACGCUGGCCUUCCUCUUCACCGUGAUUGGCGAGUGGUGGGUUGAGAAGAAGGUCAUCAGUCGAGAUACCAUGCUUGGAAUGGUGCUGUCUCUUUCCGGGAUAGCGUUGUGUGUUCACAGCAAGACCAAGUAUUGA